AUGUCACUAAAACCGAUGGGCGAUAUAUACGCUAACGGGAACCAGAAUGCAUAUACAGAAUCUGUAGUAGAACCCGAGUUGAAAAAGAAUGUUCUCGCUAAAAUUACCCUAUAUCUUGUGAAUAACCAAAUUGAGUUCCCGUUAACCAUCAUAACUAUUAUUACAACAUGUUGGGCGAUAGAGGUGCCCGGUUUCGAGAAAUUUGUUACUUUGCAACAUCGAGACCUAAAAACAGGAUUAUAUGUGAAGGGAACAGAUGAUUUAUACUUUAUUUUCCUUUGGGUGACAAUAUUUACCUUGCUCAGAGCAAGCACAAUGGAAUAUAUAUUAAAACCACUAGCAGGAUGCUGGAAGAUAAAGAGCAAGUAUCAAGUAAUAAGGUUCGCAGAGCAAGGAUGGUCGUUCUUAUAUUAUUCUGUAUUUUGGACACUUGGAAUGUACAUAAUGUACCAUUCACCAUAUUGGUUCAAUACACCUCAAUUUUGGAUAGGUUAUCCACACAACAAAAUGACAUAUCUCUUUAAAUGGUAUUAUCUGGUGCAAUUAGCUUUCUGGGUUCAACAAGCGAAAGGAUUUCGCGGAAAUGAUAGCGCAUCAUGCGAUUACCAUUUCGUUGAUGAGCUUUUCAUAUUUAUACAAUUUGACCCGGAUUGGGAAUGCUGUUCUAUGUUGUAUGGAUUUCUCGGAUAUUUUACUGCCGAGCAUAAGUGGUCACCGGAAGAAGAAGCAUAUUUUUCGAAAAAUGUCCUGUGGUUUUUCAUGGGACUACUUCUCUUUCUUCAAGCGAUCAUUAUAUUCUGGUUUGUGCUGAUUUGUCAAGUAGCCUGGCGAGUGAUUCGUGGCGACAAUGCUCACGACAAUCGAAGUGAUUCCGAAGAUGACGAGGAAGCAUUGAAUAUACAUGGAAAAGCAAAUGGCAAGGUUUUAUCGCAUAAAAGCAAAAAAACAAACUAA